AUGUCUAUGAAUUUAGCGAAUUUACUCAAUGAUGGGAAGCUCAAGAAGAGCUUCAUGGUCGCCACCCUGGUGACCACCAUCCUUGGCACCUUCUCCACCUCCCUAGCCCUCCACGAUAAAGUUCAAGAGAAACGGUUCCAGUCCAAGCAGAAGAAGCUCGACGCCUCACAGGAUGACAAGAUCAACGACCUUGAGCGUAAAGUCAAAAGAAUUCAAAACGGCGAGGAGAAUGGCGGCCGGUCGCGUUCCACAUCCCGCAACCGCCGUCCCAAACCCCGCCGUCGCAGCACGGGAGACGAUGGAGACAGCGACGACUUUGACCGGCAAGCGCGUCGCUCGCGCGCCGUAAUUGCGCGCGAGUUCCAGGAUAACGUGGAUCGCUUGGGCGCCAAGUACGCGCAGGGCGACAUCAUCUCGGAGAACCGAUUGCAGGCACAGGUCAUCGCGCUCCAGCAGACCGUAAUCGACGUGCUGCAGGACGCUUUGAUGAGCGGUCGCUCUCUGACCAAAGCCGAUGUGCGACGGCUCAUUGCAGCGCAAAAUCGCGCACGUGAUGGCUCGCUCGAGGCUCUGCACGAUCAAUACAAUCGAAUGAUUCAGACCUCCGGCCGACGACCAUCGGCGUUGCUUGAGAACCAACCUGUCUUUCCUCCCACCCGCCAACUGACCGCCCCGGCCAUUGCCUCACCAAUCGACGACUCGUUCCCACCGGCGCGCCGGUCACGCACAUUGCCAGCAAACGCAGACUCGGCUUCAAAUCCGCAAGGACUGUACUGUCGCUACGCCUACGACCUCCAAAACAACUACCGCAAAGGCGUGAGUUCCGCUUUUGCGCCCUCGGGCUCACAACGAUGCCCCGCCUGCGACCUCCGGCUGCCUGUGACUGGCGACAAGGUUUGGGUGGUGGAGAGCGGCGAGGGCUCGUGGACCAUUGAUCCCAGACUGGUGCUCAAGUCGCACACGGCCCAAGGGGAUUAUGUGUGCGUUUUGUGCUACAAUGAUCGCGGCAGAGAUGCCGAUUGCUUUUGUUCGAGUGUCGACGCGCUGAUUAAGCAUACUGGUCGCAUGCAUACCCGAGAGGAGUUUGAUCGGGAGGUUGACAUCUUCCAAUCGUAG